GACGCCCAGUCAGCGCGGCAGCAGCCAGCCAGCCUGUUAACGGGACAGGAAGUGGAGAGACGACGCGUCCGGGGCCGAGGAGACCAGCGCGUCGGUGGCUUUCGACGUCUUCCUAAAAGAAUGCCGUUGGUGUGUUAGCGAGGUAUCCGUGCGAUCGUCCCAAACUGCCGCGGCGUCGAGAGAGAAACCCCACCCCCCCCUCUCUCCACCCACCACCACCACCACCACCUCUAAACGCAGAGACGAUGAACGGUAAAUCGGCCAACGGCUCGGCGGGGGGAAUGGCGUGUAUCGAGGGUCUGCCUCCCCUGCCCAAGAGCCUGAGCGGCUUGCUGAACUCCAGCGGCGGCUCCUGGAGGGAGAUGGAGAGGAUGUACGCCAAGAAGACCAUGAUCCAGGACGACCUGAGCCGCGGGCGGAACAACGCCGACAGCCUGCUGGCGAGCAAGCCGGCCAACCUCGACGCGGCUCUGGCGCUUCUGCGGAAAGAGAUGGUGGGGUUGCGUCAGCAGGACAUGUCCUUGCUGUGCCAACUGUGGUCCCUUCACGAGUCCAUCCAGGAGUACAAGGGCAGCUGCCAGGACCUGAGCGCUACCUCCAGCGCCGACGGGGCCUAUGGCAUGAUGGAGAAUGGCUAUUUCGACGAGGAUGAUGAGUACUACCCAGAGCCAGGAGCCACGCCGACGGGGGAGCAGCCGGACGGGGAGCUGGGGGAGGGACCGGCGGGGACCGUCUCCGGGAUGGCAAAGAAUGGGAGCAGUGGCAGGAGCAAGGAUGGAGGCUGGCUGCAUGACUCUUUUCACGUCACCAUCUGAGCUCUUGCCCCUCCGAUGGAUUCCUGCGAAAGCAAGAUGGCUGUCUUGACAGACGAAAGACUGGAUUAUGGCAGAGGAACAUUUGAGCGGGUCCAGAAACGGCGAGCCCUUUUGGCUUGAUUUCGGGGGGGGGAGUGGUUGUUUAAGGAGAGCUUGUGGUAUCUUGUUACCACGUGAGACUUCAGAAGUGUUACGCACCGACUUCAGCUACAUCUUUCACCGCGCACAGCUGAAUUAUACCCCUGCUCGUGCUGCAGAACAGCCGGGGGUUUGUUCUGCAGCAUGACCAGGCGCUACAUCAGGGUAUGGAGCUGAACGGGUACCCGUUUUCUAAAGGAGGAUUUGCCAGCACCCUCUGGAAACACUCAGGACAUGAGUUGGAUUCGUCACGAACAGUUUCCGUUUAGUACUUAACUCCCAACAUUAUAUACAGCGAACGAGGCAAUAUACUUUAUAUAGGAGCAUCUCUGCUGCCACUUGUGUGCGUGUCAAGUGGUGUUUGUUAGUUAAUCGCCGCAGAACUUUUUAAGUAUCAAGCUCUAAGCAAAAGGCUGUUUAUUUAUAAUGUAAAUAUUAAUAUAAAUAUGAGCGGUAUUCGGAGAAUCUGUUUAUUUUCGGUGGGGACAAAAAGAUGAUCAACUUCAAGGGCUCGUUACUUCAGACAGCUAGGCUAGUGUGUGUGUGGGUGAGUGAGUGGGUGAGUGAGUGAGCAAGUGAGCGAGAGAGCGAGGAGGGGUUACAUUUGCCCUUAGUGGGGGGAAAUAGGACACAUGCCAGCAAGGUGGAAGAUCUCAAAUUCCCAGUUGAGGAACAAGUGAAGUUUACACAGCCUCCUGUAAUACCACCUAAUGUCAUGUUAUAUGUACUACAAGUGGGGGGGUGGGGUGGGG